AUGAAUAAAAGUUUCGGAUAUUUCGUCGUUGGCUCUGGUGGAUUAGAGAACCUCCCAUUUUUAGAAAAGGAUUGUCGUAAUUAUAUCGACAAGGCAAGACAUCUAAGGCUUGGUAAAGGUGGUGCUGGAGCGCUUCGAGAAUAUUUUUAUAGGAUGCAGUACAAAAAUCUCGGUUUCUUUGCACUGAUGGAUUUUGAUGAUGACGGGAGGUUAAUGAAUGUCUUCUGGGCAGACCCCCGUAGUAGGGCAACCUACCAAUACUUCGGUGAUGUGGUGACAUUUGACACUACAUACCUGAUGAAUAGAUAUGAGAUGCCUUUUGCACCAGUUGUUGGUUGUAUGGAUGGUAUCGCUUCGAAAGCUAUUAUCAUCGAUCAGGAUAGAGCGAUGAAAAAUGUAAUUGCUAUUGUCUUUCCUGAAAGCCGACAUCGACUUUGUUUGUGGCAUAUACUGAAAAAAGUACCUGAGAAGCUGUCCUCCUAUGCUUCCUACAAAAGUGGGAUGAAGAAUCCAUUGAUGAAAUGUGUGUAUGACACGCAAACUGGUGAAGAGUUUGAGAAAUCUUGGGAUAAGUUAAUCACUACUUACAACUUGCAUGAGAAUGUUUGGCUAAAAAGUUUAUACACUGAGCGUGCGUAUUGGGUGUCGGCAUUCUUGAAGGACUGGUUUUGGACUGGGAUGAGUACAACGCAGCACAGCAACAGCAUGAAUGCUUUUUUCGAUGGUUAUGUUCAUGCUAAGACAAACUUGAAAGAAUCUCCUAUCGAAAAGAGAUUUCAAGAGUUGUACACAAAUGCUAAAUUUAGGAAAGUUCAGGUGCAACUUACCAGUAAUAUCGAUUUGGAUGCAGAGUUAAUUAAGAGGGAUGGUGCAGUAAAGACCUAUCUGGUAGAGGACAAAGUUCGUGUGGAAGAGUUCACUAAGUUGGUUAAGUUUUCUGUGGACUUUAGUGAGGAAGAUACAGAUGCUAAAUGUUCAUGUGGUUUAUUUCAGAUGAGGGGUAUAUUGUGUAGGUACAUUUUCGUUUGCCAGCUUGUUCAAGACAAAUCAGCUACUGUCAUUGGUGGAACCCAGCUCAGAGAAACAGUGAUGCAAUUUGGGUUGGAUGGAUCACAACCGGAGCAAAUUGGGUUGGAUGAAUCACAACUGAUAUGGGGCUUGUAUGGUUUGGUUUCAAUGGCUGAUUUUGUGGUCUGCUAUGGUCUAGUAAUAGAUUAUCCUCUGUGA